UAUUGAAAUUCGUUUCGAUUUUUUACGUGCAACAAAUCCAAAUUGAAAGAUUUUGAGUUAUAAAUUUUAAAAUAGCGAAUACAAAUUCAGGUAUUAAAAGUGGAAUUGAAAUAUUUUACUGUACAUUAUACAUUGUAGUAAAUACCCAGUCUAAAGUUUUGGUACCAAUGACCAAUCAUGUCAAAUGCAUUCAUAUGGUGGUGAGCAGUCGAGAGACUCAGUAGUCUUCUCGCUGCGUAUAACAUUACUUCAAAACGUUAAGCGCACCAGUGCGGUACUGCACGAUAAUAAUAUCAUGAUCGAAUGAUAACCUAGUUUCAUGAAAAGAUUCUAGACGCAAUCUUCCUAUAUAUCGCCGCGAAUUUUAAGAAGACUUUAGUGAAAGACUUAAAAUGUUUAGUAAAUUAUAUGAAAAAAGACUUCAGCAGCAGUGCAGUCCUGUGAGUAGGAACCAGUAUGUGCUGGCCCGGCCAGAACCUAUGGACAGAUUUAUUCCAUGCAGAUUGGAUAAUAAUUGGCAGACAAGUUUUCAAGCAAUACGCCGAGGAACAGACAACCAGCCAGCUAAGAAAGCACGCAGUGAUGGCAGUGGAAAUGAAAACGCCAGCAGUGGGAGGGAUCACCUGGCCUAUGGCUGUCUACUCCGUAAUGAGCUCCUUGGUGCACAGAUUGAAGAGUUGAGGGGUCCUCCGGCACCCUGCUCAGAUGGGAAUAGAGCCGCACUGGGUUCUGUCCAGUUGCCAGGGACCGCUCUGGCCUUUUCACCGCCAGUAUUUAGAUUCAGAGCACAACCACAAAACGCUGAGGAGAAUAUAGACCCAUCUCCAUACAGCCUUUCGCCGGUGUCUGCAAAAUCACAGAAGCUACUUCGGUCUCCACGGAAAGCGACUAGAAAAAUCUCUCGAAUACCUUUUAAAGUACUAGAUGCUCCAGAUCUUCAAGAUGACUUCUACCUUAACCUGGUGGACUGGUCAGGCCAGAAUGUUCUCAGCGUCGGCUUGGGCAGCUGCGUCUAUCUUUGGAGUGCAUGUACUAGUCAAGUAACUCGACUUUGCGAUUACUCGUCAGAUGGCAACACCGUAACAUCUGUGGCGUGGAGCGAGCGAGGCCACCACGUGGCCGUUGGCACACAGAAAGGUCACAUUAGUGUAUGGGAUGUGGCUGUCAAUAAAGAGGUAUCAAAUCUUCAAGGUCACGUGGCUCGAGUGGGCGCUUUGGCUUGGAACGGCGACACGUUGAGUUCCGGCUCUCGGGACCGACAUAUCAGACAGCGGGACACACGGGCACCUAAUGCAACAUCAUCACGUAUACUACAAGGGCAUAGACAAGAGGUGUGUGGAUUGAAGUGGUCCCCUGAUGGACAGUUGCUCGCUUCUGGUGGCAACGACAACAAACUCUUUGUAUGGUCUAUGCAUUCCCCAUCGCCUGUACAAACAUAUUCGGCCCACGUAGCAGCGGUGAAGGCGAUCGCCUGGUCUCCGCACCAGCACGGCCUUUUGGCCUCAGGCGGAGGAACGGCAGAUCGCUGCAUACGUUUCUGGAAUACGCUGACUUCUCAGCCCAUGCAGUGCGUCGAUACCGGCUCCCAAGUAUGCAACCUUGCAUGGUCUAAACAUUCAAGCGAGUUGGUCUCAACUCACGGAUAUUCGCAGAACCAAAUACUUGUAUGGAAAUAUCCUUCGCUAACGCAGGUCGCAAAGCUAACUGGUCACUCAUAUAGAGUGCUUUACCUGGCCUUGUCCCCGGAUGGUGAGGCGAUCGUGACCGGCGCAGGAGACGAAACACUCAGAUUCUGGAAUGUUUUCUCCAAAACACCUUCACAUAAAGAAAAUAAGAGCGUUUUAAACCUCUACACGGCUCUUAGAUAAGUGUUGCCAGAUUCACACAUUAUAUUGGGAAAUUUUGGUGGUAGAUUGUGGUCUUUAGGUUAUAUAGAAUUGGUGUGUGUGGUUGGUUUUCGUAUGUGUGGUGUAAAACUCGGAAAGUUUUUUCAUUUAUAUAUUUUAAUAAAGUACAGAGACAUUAUCAUCAUAUAUAUAUAUCAUACACAUUUAACAUAGUGUGUGCAAGUAUAAAAGUGUUCUUUAAAUAGUGUUGCCAUUCCGCAUAGACAAUUUGCCAAAUUAUUUUGGAUUGUGAUCAUGUUUUAGAUGUAUUUAGUUGUAAAACUUUUAUAUUGUUUAUUUAAGAAGACUAUAGCGCUCUCUCUUUCUGAAGUAUACUUAGAUAGAGAUAGCGACAAGUUGUCUUCAAAAAAUGUUUAAAGAAAUUCUUUGGAAUAUGUAUACAAUAAUUUGUGUAUUUCAUAUUUAAUGUUUGUAUAAAUUGGAUGGAUGUGCGCUAAAUAAUAAUGUAAUGGUACAGAAAUAUAUAUAAUUUGAAUUAAUAAAAAUUAUUAAUACAAUAAUAUACUUACCAUAAAUAUAUUAUUGUAUUAAUCCCACAAGAAAAGAGCGUACUAAUUCUUAAAGGGCCGGCAACCCACUCGCGUGUCCUCUGACAUUGAGUAUCCAUGGGCGGCGGUAUCACUUAAAAUCAGGUGAGCCUCCUGCCUGUUUGCCCCCGCUGUUCUAAAAAAAAAUAUACAAUAAAUUCGCAAUCAACUUUAGAGUUACCAGUUCUGUAUUUUUGUCGGUUUAUUUCUGUCUCUUUCAUAUUUUGAGGAGAAAAGAAUUCUUAUUUAGCACACAUCAAAGUUUAGUAAAUGUUUACACACAUUUGGGUAGUUUGUAUAUAAUGAGUUUUGUAUCUAUAUAUCGUUUUGAAUAUUUUUUAAAUUACGGUUUUGACAAUUUAGCUUCAAUAUUAAAAUUACAUAAUCAUUUGCAAAAAUAUACAAUCAUUGUGAAAGCCCUUGUUUUGUCUUUAUUGAGUUCGAUAAUUAAUGAACUGGACAAAAUAUAGGGUUUGUAGUAAAUUUAUGAAAUCUAGUUUAAAUUAAUUUGUUUACUGUAAUAAAACACCGAUUAGUCUUAGUACAUAAUAAGUACCUGUAAAUAAUUUAAAAAUUUAAAUCACUUGCGCAUAAUUAAGUUAGUUUUAAGGUUCGAAAGGUACCUCUAAUGAUCUCAACAAAUUCUGGCAAAUUUAACUAUAUAACAAAUUAAUUUAACUGCGUAUUUAUUUGGUAAUUAGGCUUAUAUUAGGAUCUGCUCUAGGUGGGAAGAAGAUUUUUUGUCUCUUUCAAGUAAAUUUUUUUACAAAAUUUUGAUCCAGGACACGAAUGUCAAAUUGCUGCCACGAAUAAAGGAAUCCAUGAAAUAGAAGCUAUUUGACAUUCCUAUAUCCUCUCAAAUAGACUGUCAGUUGCCAAUGUGUCUUGACAAUUGUCACCGUGUCAAUUGUCAAGUUGAAGAGAACACCAAAAAGGCCACAUUUCAUUAAAAAAUAAAAGUAUGUGGCCUUUUUGCCAAACAUCUAACAAUAGGUAUCGUUAAAGUUCACUACGUACGUAGUUUUUGUAUAUAUGAAGAGACGUUUAUCCACCGGUUUUCCCGCCAAGAGCAACAUCGAGGUACCCCAAGGUUUUGGUUGUUUUUUUUCCUACUAGAUGAGUAGUCUGAUUGGAUUUGUGCAAUUUAGAUUAAGCGCGGUUGCAUGCGUCGUUUUUAAUGUAUUGAGAACGCCAUUGCAACCGCAUUUGUAGUGGUAUGGUCGAAACCAAAUAUUAAAAUUGUGAGUUUUGGUGUACAACACUUUUGGAGUCAUUUUUGUCAAUUUUUGCCCGGAGUCGAUAUAGUUCGUAGCUUUUUAUGUUAUGUUAUAGUCUCGACUAUGAAUAUAACCUUUACUUGUUGUUGUAUUUGUCUCACUAUCUACUUCUACCUUUGGACUAUUCAUAUUUCCCGCUAAGACUAUUGUAAACUCAAAUGUCAAUACUUCUAUUUCUGUCAAAUUGACAUUGAAGUUUGACACUCGAGGCAUAAAAUCUUUUCGUUUAACGACCGCAAUUAAAAAAUAACAAAUUAAUAUGUGCACGCUUGUAUUUAUGUAAAUGAAUGACGGUUAGUCCCGUUCAUAGAGAUAUAUUUAUAGAAGAAAAUAAUAUAUUCAUGCACUAAGAUAGACUGAUAUAGAUAAUUAACAAUGUAAGUAUAUGUAAUCUGUAUUCUAGAUUAAAUUGUGUGAUUUAGA